AUGUCAUCUUCAAAAUUGUCAGCAAAAUAGCAUAGUAAAAGCGAAGCCAUUUAGGAAAAUGGCAAGGCACAUCACAAAGAGGAUAAUUUAACCAAAAAAGAUGUAGAUGAAGGAAUCAAAAGCAGUGAUUCAGAAACCACUUCUUCCUUGAAAAGAGAAUUUUUCUAGUUGCGUCCUUCUUUGCUCGAUGAAUUAGAGGAGAAUUCAGAAAUUCGUAAAUCGAAAUUUAGGGGAGUAUUUAUGGCCCUUUACCUACUAAUCUUCACCUUUUUACUUUCUAAGCCAAUUUAGAAUUUUAUUAAGAAUGGCUACGCUUUUUCUCCAGUGUUAUUUAACAGCUUUAAAAAUGAUUUCUUUCUUUGCAUUAUUACUUGGCCUCUUUUUUAUGCAUGGAGCUACACUGCCUUUAUUCUUCAAAAACUUAUCCUUUUGGGUCUAAAUGAUAAACUAGCUUCUAUUUUACAGCAUUCAACUCAAUCCGCUAUCUUCGUUUAUACCAUUUACAUGACAUUUACUCGCGAUUGGUGCUCAACUCAUGCAACUUUCUGUUGCCUACUUGCUUGCUCACACUUUAUGAAAAUGCACUCCUACACAUAGGCAAACAAAAAAUAUCGCGAAAUUUACCUCCGUAGUCAAAAGCAAAGCAUAAUAAAGAAAAAAGUGUCAGGAAACAAAGAGUUCUCAGAUGAAGAUAAAAAAGCCGUUAAUUCCUCUAAUGAUCAGUAAAAAUAAAAAGGUUAAACAAAUGGAAAAAAUAGCAUCAGCUAAAAUGUAGAAGAUAGCGAUAAUGAAGAUAAAAAGAAAGAUAUACCUUAUCCAUAGAAUAUUAACAUAAAAAACUUUACUCUCUUUAUGUGGAUGCCAGUUUUGAUUUAUGAAAAGAGUUAUCCUCGUUCUCCAAAAGUGAGAAUAUGGUACAUUCUCUUGAAAUCUACAAUCACUGCCUUUUGUAUUUUAGCAGCAUAUGCUAUUUGGACAGAUUAUGUUAUGCCUGUAAUAUAAUUAGGUCACACAAUUCAUAGGAUAGAACUUAUAUUCUAGUUGUUAUUGCCACUAGGUGCCUUUAAUAUGUGUCUUUUCUACAUAUUGUUUGAAAAUAUUUUAGGAGUUUUUGCAGAAAUCACUCGUUUUGGUGAUCGUAAAUUCUUUGAUGAUUGGUGGAAUUGUACAUCUUAUGAAGAGUACAACCGUAAGUGGAAUCGUCCAGUCCACCUUUUCUUAUACAGACAUGUUUAUUUAGAAUGCUUAGAAGAAUAUAAAACCUCUAAAUUUACAGCUCAACUGGUCACUUUCUUUUUCUCUGCCCUCUUACAUGAGUGGAUUGCUGUAAUGGUAUUCAGAAUAGUACGUCCUAUCCUCUUCGGAUUUAUGCUUUUCUAAAUCCCUUUAUUCUUUAUGAUGAAGCCAUUUAAAGGACAAGCCCUUGGAAAUGCAAUUUUCUGGUUUGGUCUUUUCAUGGGUCCUACACUGAUAGCUGUUGGUUAUUUAAGAUCUGAUGAAUACGUUACUCAUUACUUCUCUUACUAAUGGUACACUCAAAAUGAUUUAUGA